AUUCGGGUAAAGACAUCCAUGAGCAGCAUAGACAUAGUUGGAAACUUGUAAUUUGGAUGGGGCCAGGGCACCUCAAUCCCCUGCUUAUUAGCAAAUAGCAAACCAACCUCCCAUAUGGCUUUUUCUUCGGAACCUGUAGACUGCUGAGAUUCUCUUUUUCAUGUUCUCAAAAACAACACCCAUACCCCACACUUCCACCUCCACCACCCAAAAAUGAUACUUGCCACACUCUUCUCUCCACUUUCUCUUCUGCUACUCUUAUUCUUCUCCAUCUCCACCUUGUCUUUUUCCCAUUUCGUACCCACUUUCCCUUCUUCAUCUAAGUUUCACCCUGAGCUAACCACCCAACUCUCUCGUUCUUCUUCUUCUUCUUCAUCAAAUGGACUCUACGAGACAAAGUUCUUCACCCAAACGCUCGAUCACUUCGAUUACACUCCCCAAAGCAAUCACAAGUUUCAACAAAGGUACCUCUUCAAUGAUACCCAUUGGGGUGGCGCCAACAACAAUGCUCCAAUCUUUGUUUACACCGGAAACGAAGGCAACAUAGAGUGGUUCACGCAGAACACGGGGUUCAUGUUCGAAAACGCGCCACGUUUCCAAGCACUUUUGGUUUUCAUUGAGCAUAGAUUCUACGGAAAAUCAGUGCCAUUUGGUGGGAACAGGGAGGUUGCAUAUGCAAAUACGAGUACACUUGGGUACCUGAGUUCUACUCAGGCGUUGGCUGAUUAUGCCACUCUCAUUAUUGAUCUGAAGAAGAAUAUCUCAGCAAUUGAUUCCCCUGUUGUGGUGUUUGGUGGAUCCUACGGAGGAAUGCUUGCUGCGUGGUUCAGAAUGAAGUAUCCGCACGUUACGAUCGGAGCCUUAGCUUCAUCUGCCCCAAUCCUUCAUUUUCCGGGUUUGGUUUCACCCUAUGUCUUCUCCGAUACUAUCGCCAACGACUUCAGGAGUGAGGGUGAGAACUGUUAUAACGUCAUAAAAAGUUCUUGGAAACAAAUAGAGGAUGCGGGAAAGACGGAUAAAGGAUUGAAGCUGCUGCAGAAAUCAUUCAGAUUAUGCAAGAAUUAUAGCUCAGAUUUUCUGGAAGGUUGGCUUCAAUCGGCGUGGACAUAUACAGCGAUGACAGAUUACCCCACACCUUCCAAUUUUAUGAAUCCCUUGCCAGCUUAUCCAAUCAGAAAGAUGUGCGAGGCAAUAGAGAAGGAAAAGAAGAGAUCAGCAUUUGAGAAGCUGUACGCAGCAGCGAAUAUAUAUUACAACUACAGCGGCUCUGCCACUUGCUUCGACUUGGAUGAUCAUUCUGAUCCCCAUGAUCUCGGGGGAUGGCAAUGGCAGGAUCGUCAGACGGGACAAAUAAUCGGGACUGGACGUAAGGUCGGAAGAUUGUUUGAACUCGAGAAUCUUCAUAUUCCUCAUGUGCCAAAUCUCUAUGCUACUUCUUUUCCAUCUACUCUUCACUUAUGACAUCAAUGUCUUGCCCACAGCUCCUUAGAAAAAUUGUGUCCUCUUGUGUCUCAAGGUGUUUUGGGUAAGGAUAUUAAUGAGUCUUUUAAUUUCAUUUUUUGUCAAACUGCCAAACAACCUGCUUUAUCUUUUCACAAUAAUUCAUCUCUUGCUUGCUCUCCUUUUAAUCUUAUCCACUCUGAUGUUUGGGACCCCACUCCCACCGCUUCUAUGGAAGGAGCUCAAUACUUUGUCAUUUUCAUUGAUGAUUAUUCACGCUUAGGUUUAUUUGAGGACUAAUCGCCAUGAGCUACCUCAAAUUUAUAUUAACUUUGGCACUAUGAUUAAAACUUAGUUUUCCAAGGUUAUUAAGGUUUUUCGACGCGAUAAUACUAUGGAAUAUCGUGAUUCCAAACUUUUAACCUUUUAACCUUUUUUGUAGAACAGGGUACUUUGUCUGAGUUUUCUUGCCCUGGUAGUCUUGUACGUCUCAACAAAAUGGACGAGCUGAAUGCAAACACCGUCACAUUUUUGAAUCUAUUCGUGCAAUGAUUCUUUCUUCUUCGUAUCCUGAGCGUACUUGGGGUGAAGCUGUUCUUACUGAUGUUCAUGUUAUCAAUAGACUUUCUUCUUUUGUUCUUGGUAACGUUACUCCCUUUGAGCGUCUUUAUCAUACCUCUCCAGAUUACAGUUUUCUUCGAAUUUUUUAUUGU